AUGAGAAAAACUCUCGUUAACGCUCUCAUUUUACCGCAUAUCGACUAUUGUUCUGCAUUAAAUGGCAUUGGUACAGUACUUGAUAAAGCUCUGCAGCGACUGGUAAACAAGGGCGUGCGCUAUAUAUUGGGGUUGCCUUGGGACUCACCAAUUUCUCAAGCUAGAAAUGAGCUAGGAUGGCUAACUACUUCCAAAGUAAGAGCGCGUGUGCUGAUUAUGAUAGUUCGUAAGGCUCUCAUUGAACGAACACCAUCUUACUUAGCUGACCUUAUUGCUGUUUACACGGCAGCCAGAAAUCUGCGUAGCCUUAGCUCUUCUACUACACUUGUUAUCCCACAACAUCGCAUCGAAGCUUGUAAAGCUUCGUUUGCUGUGGCUGCUCCAUAUGUGUGGAAUGAUCUCCCAGAGAGCAUCCGAAGUAUUCGAUGUACAACGACUUUCAAGCAAGAAUUGCAUAAGUGA